AAUAUCAGUUAUUCCAAAAACAUGGAUCUGUCCUCCUUCUCAAUCUUAACACCGAUCCUAUUACUCUUGUCUCUGUUUAAUCACAGAUCCUACUGUCAACAACCAUAUAUUGAUAAUAAGCAGUUAAGCUGCUCAUCCCCAUUGUCUAAAUUGAAAGGUUACCUCUGCAAUGGCCCUCAAACUCAAUGCCAAUCCUUCCUUACCUUUCGAUCUUCCUCCCUAUACAACUCACCGCUCGCCAUCACUUCGCUGCUCGGCUCAGAUGCAUUGGACAUAGCCACCGUCAACAAUGUCAGUUCCACUGCCGAAGAGAUACCUUAUGAUAACUUGGUCAUAGUUCCGGUUCCUUGCCAUUGCACUGGAACUAUUUAUGCGCACCAGGUCACUUACACUGUGGCCAAGGGUGAAACCUAUUUCACCGUAGCCAAUGAUACAUUCCAAGGCCUGUCCUCUUGCCAGGCUCUAGCUGAUCAGAACUACUAUACAAGUGAGGAUCUUGUUGUAGCUGCACAGCUGCUGGUUCCACUAAGAUGCGCAUGCCCAAGUACUAAUGAGACAGCUAAUGGGGUUAAAUCCUCGCUUACAUAUUUGGUGACGUGGGGCGAUACUGUGACUUCAAUUGCGGAAAGAUUCGGUGUCACUGCGCAAAGCGUUUUGGAGGCAAAUAUGAUGACGAACAGCUCUACUAUAUUCCCUUUUACUUCCAUCCUCAUUCCCCUUUAUUGUGCAAACAAUUCCAAGAGUGCCUUCUGUUAUUGUCCCAAUGGAUAUGCCGAAGGAGGGCUCCGAAAUGGCCUCAAUUGCAUGCCUGACCGGAAGAAGUUUCCUUUCAAGCUGGUUCUCGUGAUAGGUGCCGGCAUUGGUAUGGGAUUCUUGUGUCUUUCGCUUUUCAGCUAUUGCCUAUACAGAUAUCUAAGGAAGCAAAGAGACAGAAUUGUCAAGGAGAAACUGUUCGAGCAAAAUGGUGGUUUGCUGUUGCAACAAAAGUUAGCACCUUAUGGAAGAGAUGGAAGAGCAGCAAUAUUCUCUGAAGAAGAUCUGCAAAGCGCAACAGAUAACUACAGCCAGAGCCGGUUUCUUGGUCAAGGAGGGUUUGGCACGGUUUAUAAAGGGAUGCUUCCAGAUGGUACCAUAGUUGCCGUGAAGAAGUCAAAGACCAUCGACAGCGGUCAAAUUGAGCAUUUUAUUAAUGAAGUGGUUGUUCUAUCGCAGGUUAAUCAUCGGAACAUUGUAAAAUUGAUAGGAUGUUGUUUGGAGACUAAGUUUCCUUUACUAGUGUAUGAGUUCAUCCCUAAUGGCACCCUGUCACAGCAUAUUCAUCAGCAAGAUAGAGAUUGCUCCCUUUCAUGGGAAUACCGGUAUCGAAUCGCAUGCGAAGUCGCCGGAGCAGUAGCAUACAUGCAUUCUGCAGCUUCAAUUCCCAUUUAUCAUCGAGACAUAAAGCCGUCUAACAUUCUGCUGGAUGACAAGUACACUGCAAAAGUCUCUGAUUUUGGUACCUCGAGGCCGGUUCCAUUUGACAAAACUCACUUGACGACGGCCGUGCAAGGCACCUUCGGAUACUUGGACCCGGAGUACUUCCAAUCUAGUCAGUUCACAGAUAAAAGUGACGUGUACAGUUUUGGAGUUGUGCUAGUUGAGUUACUCACAGGGCGUAAGCCAACAUCCUUCUCAGGAGAUGAUGAAGGGAGACAUCUAGUUGCUAGCUUUAUCUUGCUAAUGAAGGAAUGCCGUUUGUCAGAGAUCCUAGAUCCUGUUGUGGCCAAUGAAGCAAAGGCAGAGGAGGUUCUUGCAGUAGCAAGGCUUGCCACGAGGUGUUUGAGAUUGAAUGGGAGAAAGAGGCCUACCAUGAGAGAGGUCGCCAUGGAGCUUGAAGGACUUGGGAAAUCUCAAAGUUUCUCUCAGACCAGCCAAAAUCCUUAUGCAUUUGAAGAUGGACUACCCGGUGAAGCCAAUGAAGAAUCAAUAGAUAGCACUUCCAUAUCACUUGAAGCUGUAUCAAUCUCAGUAUAGAUAUCGAGAUACAAUAUUCGGCAUUCAUACUGAACUUAAUGUUUGUUUAUCCUAAA